UCAGAUAUGUUGAUUCUCGUUACUCUACUUGCCUUUCUUGGCGAAAUUCAAUAUGCACAUUUAGCCGGAAAACAGAUUGGUCCAAUUGGAACGUUGGACAUCCUGAGGGUGGAUGCUUGCGAGGCGAAGAACAAUCUGAAGCAGAAGGUCCAGCUGAAGUUCACAUUCAAUACGAAAACAAAGGUUGUCAAUGGCAACAUCAACAUACCAUUCAACUUUGACGAGAGCAUCACAUUCAAAGGAGCUCUGCAUAAGUGGACGGGUAGCGAAUGGAAGAAGAACAUGAUGAAAUGGGACGGAAAGGCGUGCGACUACCUCAACAAUUACCUCCCAAAGAUCUUCGCAGAUUUCCAGAGCAGCCUCGAUCCGAAAGUGAAGACCAAAUGCACGAUCCAAAAAGGUAACUACAAGAUCAACAACUUGAUUGUUCCUCUGAAGCAUCUGGAAUUGCCGAUGAUCGUGUACGGGAAAUUGAAGGCGGAAUUCAAGGCUUUCAAAGGAAAAGAGACCGUUCUCUGUAUAGAAGCAGAGGCCGAUUCGAAGAGCGCGUUGUUGGCUCACUGAUUUACAUGAAUACACGACGAUAUAGUGCUCAAUAAAGUUACG